GUUUGACGCAGAAGCGAGUUGGUGGAGGCGGUGAUCAGAGAUGGAUCCAGACGCUCUGGCAAAGGCCUUCGUGGAGCACUACUACUCUACCUUCGACACCAAUCGUGCCGGUCUCGCCAAUCUCUACCAGGAUGGCUCCAUGUUGACCUUCGAAGGCCAGAAGAUCCAAGGCGCUCAGAACAUUGUUGCCAAGCUCACUAGUCUCCCCUUCCAGCAGUGCCAGCACAGCAUCACCACCGUUGAUUGCCAGCCCUCCGGCGUCAACGGCGGCAUGCUUGUCUUCGUCAGCGGCAACCUCCAGCUUGCCGGUGAACAGCACGCCCUUAAGUUCAGCCAGAUGUUCCAUUUGAUACCAACAGCGCAAGGAAGCUACUAUGUGUUGAAUGACGUAUUCCGUUUGAAUUAUGCUUGAAAGUAGACCAUGCAACGUGACCUGAAAGGUCGUUGAAGAAGUUUGACUAAUAGCUUCGCUUUGGAGUUUGGUCAUUUGAAACUGAAAAUGUUUUUUUUUUUUUUUUUGGUGUGUGGAACGCUUGUGUUCUGUUUAGAAAUUUCUGUUUGAUUUGUUAAAAUACUUUUAAGGAUAAAUUGUUCUAAAUGCAUGGUACCGGAUAUUUACAUUUUAUAUCUCCAUAUGUCUCGUAUGAGAUAUGGACCCCCAAGUGUUGGGAAUUUUUCGCCUCUGUCAAAUUGGAUAUACGGUGUCAUUGAUGUUCUCA